ACUACUUUUACGCGUACCGCUGCCAUGGACGACCUCUACGACGAAUUCGGAAACUUUAUCGGCGAAGCAGAGUCCGACGACGAUGUCCAGUCCAAUGCCGACGCGGCCGAUGCCUACGUGCUCGACGACGACGAGGAGGCCCCAGAGGAUGAUGACGCCAACGACCAGCAGCUGAUGCAAGUCGACGAGGGGCCGUCCAACGCCGUAGUCCUCCACGAAGACAAGCAGUACUACCCUUCCGCGUCCGAUGUGUACGGGCCCGAUGUCGAGGUGCUGGUGCAGGAGGAGGACACGCAGUCGCUGGCCCAGCCCAUCAUCGCGCCCGUCGUGCAGAAGAAGUUCAUUGCCCAGGAGACAGAUCUGCCGCCGGUGCACCACUCGCGGGAACUGUUGACGGAUCUGAUGAACUUCCCCGACCAGAUACGGAACAUCGCCAUUGCGGGUCACCUACACCACGGAAAGACAGCCUUUAUGGAUAUGCUGGUCAUGGAAACACACGACAUCCAGGAUCGCCUCGACCACAAGAAGGGACGAAAGCGGGAGGAGCAGCUGCGCUACACAGACGUACACGUGCUCGAGCGCGAACGAGGCCUGUCCAUCAAGGCCGCACCCAUGAGCUUGGUCCUGCAGAAUACGAAGCUCAAGUCGCAUCUUUUCAACAUUCUCGACACCCCCGGACACGUAAACUUCGCGGACGAAGUGGCAGCCUCGUUGCGUUUGGUCGAUGGCGUUGUUUUGGUUGUGGAUGUUGUUGAGGGCGUGCAGGUCAACACAGAGCAGAUUAUCAAGCACGCGGUGCUGGAGGACUUGCCCUUGACGCUUGUUAUCAACAAGAUGGACCGUUUGAUCCUGGAGCUGAAACUACCACCCAAGGACGCCUACUUCAAGAUCAAGCACGUAAUCGAGGAGGUCAACACUGUUAUCGAGAACACCAUUCCAGGUCGGGGCGAGAGCAGACGAGUAAGCCCUGAGAAAGGCAAUGUCGCAUUCGCCUGCACGAGCAUGCGCUGGUGCUUCACAAUCCAGUCCUUUGCCAAAAUGUACGCCGACUUCUACCCUGGACCCUCGAGACUCCCAGGAUUCGGUGUGCCGUUGAAGGGUCUGGACGUGGACAAGUUUGCCAUGCGGCUGUGGGGCGAUAUCUUCUACAACCCAGGCAGUCGCAAGUUCAGUCGCAAGGGGCAGGAGGAUGCUUCACAGCGGUCGUUUGUGCACUGGAUUCUGGAGCCCGUUUACAAGAUCUACUCUCACACGCUGAGUGAGAGCUCGGCCGACCUCAAGGACACUCUCGAGGCUUUGGGCAUACGACUGAAGCCUUCAGAAUACAAGACAGACGCGAAAGAGCUUAUGCGGCUGGUGUGCCAACAGUACUUUGGCCCAUCUCUAGGAUUCGUCGAUAUGAUCACACAACAUGUUCCAUCGCCUGCCGAAGGUGCGAAACGACUGCUCCAGCGACACUACACAGGACCCUUGGACUCGAAGACGGCCGAAGCUAUGGAGAAGUGCGACCAGGACGGACCAUUGGUCGUACACGUCACAAAGCUCUUCAACGCAACAGACGCGAAGUCAUUCACUGCGCUUGGGCGAGUCAUGAGCGGUAUCGCCAAGUCCCCACAAUCAGUCCGCGUGCUCGGCGAAGGCUACACGCUCGAAGACGAGGAAGACAUGGUCGUUGCGACCGUGACAGAUACAUGGAUAGCUCAGUCAAGAUACAACAUCCCUGUCAGCGGCGUUCCUGCAGGUAACUGGGUCUUACUGGGCGGCGUCGACAACUCGAUAGUCAAGACUGCGACAAUCGUUGCUUCCAAACUUCCUGACGAUGAGGAUGCCUAUAUUUUCCGACCCAUCCGCCACUUCUUCGAGUCUGUUUUCAAAGUGGCCGUGGAACCCAUCAACCCUUCUGAACUCCCCAAGAUGUUGGACGGCCUUCGCAAGAUCAACAAAUCAUACCCCCUCAUCACAACAAAAGUCGAAGAAUCAGGAGAGCACGUCGUACUCGGUACAGGCGAGUUGUACAUGGAUUGCGUGCUUCACGAUCUGCGACGGUUAUACGCCGACAUGGAGAUCAAGGUCUCAGAUCCUGUGACCAGGUUCUGUGAAACUGUUGUUGAAAUGUCCGCCAUUAAAUGCUAUGCCCUUACACCAAACAAGAAGAACAAGCUCACCAUGAUCGCCGAGCCACUGGACCCGGGUAUUGCAGAGGACAUCGAAGCUGGGAAAGUCAACAUCAAGGACCCUGUGCGCGUGGUCGGCAAGUUCUUCGAAGAGAACUACGGGUACGAUCUGCUUGCAUCGCGCAACAUCUGGGCUUUCGGACCAGACGACAUGGGUGCAAACAUCCUGCAAAACGACACACUUCCCUCCGAGGUCGACACAAAGACUCUCCGCACAGUCCGCGAUACCUUACGGCAAGGCUUCAGCUGGGCAACGCGCGAAGGUCCACUUUGCGAAGAACCCAUCCGAAACACCAAGUUCCGCAUCACGGACGUUGAGCUCGCACCCGAAGCCAUCUUCCGCGGAGGCGGCCAGAUCAUCCCCACCAGUCGACGGGCAUGCUACUCAAGUUUCCUGAUGGCGAGUCCGAGAUUGAUGGAACCGGUCUACGCCUGCAGCAUGACGGGUCCCGCAGACACCAAGAGCAGUCUCUACACAGUUCUUGCCCGAAGGCGAGGACACGUCCUGCAAGAUGGUCCGAUCGCCGGUACUCCGCUGUACAACGUGCGAGGUCUGAUUCCGGUCAUCGACUCCUUCGGUUUCGAGACCGAUCUCAGGAUCCACACCCAAGGCCAAGUCUCCCUCUCCCUCGUCUUCGACCGCUGGUCCAUCGUCCCCGGCGACCCGCUCGACAAGGACAUCUCAACCCGCCCCCUCGAACCCGCCACAGCGCAACAACUCGCCAGAGAUUUCGUGCUCAAGACGAGGCGGAGGAAGGGGCUUGCCGAAGACGUCACGAUCAGCAAGUUCCUCGAACCAGAGCUGUUCAGGAGCUUGAAGGAGAGCGGCGUGCUUGACGGAUAGAUAGUGUGGAGGACUUCUUGUCAGAGACUUUGUAUCAUAGGCAUUGGCGUCGUGAGGCGUGGAUUGGGUGGCUCUUAAAAGUAGCGCGGAGAUCUUGAUGAUUUGUGUGUAUGGAUGAAUGAGUGAGAGUUGAAAUAUACCCAUU